UAUUUGGUGGGAACUAUUUGCGUGUCCUGUGUUGCGCUGGGACGCAUUUGAUUGCAACAAUCGCAGGUGAACAUGUGGUUGAAGCUAGAAGUGCAAGUAAGUGAAGCUAGGAAGAGUAAGUAAGUGAAGCAAGUAAGAGAAGCUAGGAAGAGUAAGUAAGUGAAGCAAGUAAGAGAAGCUAGAAGUGCAAGUAAGUGAAGAAUACAUGUUUAAAGUGGACCCAUUCCCUCGUGGUUUAUGUGCAGCCAGUGAGUUCGACGGUGGAUUGAAGGUGGAUGGCGAAGUGCGCCCGCAUCCAAUAAACAUCUGUCAGUAAUGAAAAAGAACAACGGUGGCGUCUAAUUCCUGGAGGGAGUGAUAGUCGAACUCAAGCCUGCUGAUUCCCCGGACCUGCUCGUGCAAGACAGCUCGUCAAGACGGAGUCACAGCCACUGUUAAAGGACACACCAGUUCAUCCAUUUUUCAUGAAGACGUCCGUAAGUCAGGCACUUAAGUGUGUGUUCUGAAAGGUGACACAAGGAUUGAAAAAAGUACAAUGGACUACGAAGGGCUGUGUGUAGCCAAAUAACAUAACAGUGUUUAGCAAGAUAUUAAGAGUCAUUAAUGCAAGAUAUUUAGUGAUAUUGAUCAUUAAUUAUUUCAUUAUAAAUAGUUAAUUGAUUUCCUUAAGAAAAGUGAAUUUUUCGUUUAUGUGCAUUUAAGAAAGCUGCCAUUUUGAAGUGAAGUUUGAAAUUCUGUAUUUUAUUUGAAGGGUUAAUUUGAAAGACAGUAACCUAACAUGGUAUAUCCUAUUCUCUUGAGUAUGUUUGGAAAAUGUGUAUUGUAAACUGCAUUGCAACUUAAGACAACUUGAUUGUGUACAGGCUAUUUUCAAAUAAUUUAAAAUGUCACAAAUGAGUGAAGAGAGUCAAUAUAAAGGAUCACUUGUAGAACAAGUAGCAGAGGCAGAGCAGAGAGAUGACUCUAGCGUUGUACAACAAGCAGAACAGUUUGAAGAGCCUCGACGAAGUGAUAGAGCCCGUACAUUAACAGAAAAAGGGAAAGAAUUGCAGAAAGAAAAAACAAAAGAGCUUCUACUUCACUUUGACAAUAUUUACGAGCGCUGGAAGGCCUUAACUAAGUUGGCUAAGAAAUCUGUUAUCAAACAAAAUCCUAGCAACAUCCUACAAGAUCACAUCAGCAUUAUUGAAAGAGAAUCAUCUGAACUGAAUAUUGUUUAUGAAGAUUAUCGAAGGAUCGACAGCCCACCUCAUGAGAUGCGCCGGAAGCUGGAUACAUGUAUAUCAGUCACCAAGAUUGUUGUACACAAUGCACAGUCUCAAAUUCAAGGAACAAAGGAAGAACUGAUUUGGCCUGAUGCAAGCUCUGUAUUCGCAUCUACAACGUCCAGUGUUUCAUCUCCGGACUCAAAGUGUUCUAAGGCUACUUCCAUUCGCUCUAACAUUUCCUCCGUUAAAAGACAAGAAGCCGCUGCGGAGUAUGCAGCUACCAGAGCUGUAUUGAAGAUUAUGGCCGAGCAAGACUGCCAGCAAGAGAAACUGCAAAGACUUGAAGUUGAGGACAAGCGGAUAGUUGCAGACCAAGAAGCAGCUGCAUUAACUCGCCGUCUUCAAGGCGAAAGAGAAGAGACUGAACGUAGGAGUGAACGUAGGAGAGAAGAGACUGAACGUAGGAUAGAAAAGGAGACACAAGAAGCCUCUCUCUUAAAGAAACAGCAGGAAGAGAAUGCUGCAAGAAAAGGUUCUGUAGAAGAGUUGAAAAGAGAGCUUGGACGUUUAGAGGAGCUAAAAAGACUGGAUGCAGCCAGAGCAAGGCUUCAAGUCUACGAUGAAAAUGAGUUUUAUCCAGACCAAAGGCUGAGUCCACAUAAGUAUGAGCUGCCUAGGUUCGAGCAAGCAAUUGACCAGGUGAAUCCUGUGUAUCAGGACCCACAACCACUAAGAAGAGAUGUGGCUCCAAGAAGUGUGCUUCAAAACGACACAGGAGAGCUUGUUAAAGUCCUGGCUGAGGCCAUAUCAGCAAAUAGGCUUCCCAUUCCAGAGCCUACAAUCUUCAGUGGGGAUCCACUCAAGUUUAAUCAUUGGAAGUCUUCAUUUCAGACCCUAAUUGAGAGAAGAGAUAUUCCAACUGCAGAGAAAAUCUUCUUCCUUCAGAAAUAUGUGGGAGGAGCAGCUAAAGAAGCAGUAGAAGGUUAUUUCCUGAUUGAUUCAGAAGAUUCAUAUCACGCAGCAUGGAACGUGCUCAAGGAACGUUACGGCGAGCCUUUUGUGAUUGCCAAGGCCUUCCGAGACAAACUACAUGCAUGGCCAAAAUUAGCUCCGAAGGAAAGUGACGACUUAAGAAGAUUUGUGGACUUUCUACGUAGUUGUGAUUUCGCUAUUGCUCACAAUGAGAGUUUAAAAGUUCUUAAUGAUGCUAUUGAGAACCAAAAACUAACUGCCAAACUACCCGACUGGUUAAGUACCAGAUGGAACCGAAGGGCCACACAAUACCAACUGGAACACAGAAGGUUCCCAAGCUUUAAUUAUUUUGUGACGUUCCUGUCAAUGGAAGCUAGUAUUGCGUGCAACCCUAUAACAUCUUACAACGCAUUACGACAAAGCGAACCUGAUAAAGCAAAGAUCAAGAAUCAAACCCCUUUGUCUUACAAGAACCAAACUGUAGGUGCCAAGAUCUUCACAACCAACACCAGUGAAAGAAACAGUCACAUGUGUGUUAUGUAA